AUGGUGGCUAUGGCUGGCGGCCGCCGCCACCGUCGCCGCCCCACCACUGCUGCCGCUGCAGCCACGGCCGAUUGGCUUAGUCGGAUCACUGUAGCCACUCUGCUUCCUGUCAUAAAGACAUUUUCCCAGGCAUACAGAGAAACUGCCCUUGUACUUUGUGAGAAAUCUGCUUUUCAGACCAUAGGUGAGGAACAGUCCCAGAACCCCUAUACUGAACUGCUUGUAUUGAAAGGGCAUCAUGACAUUGUGCGAUUUCUGGUACAGUUAGAUGACUACAGAUUUGCAUCUGCUGGGGAUGAUGGAAUUAUAGUUGUGUGGAAUGCCCAGACAGGAGAAAAACUUUUGGAACUCAGUGGACACACUCAAAAAAUAACAGCUGUUACUACAUUUCCGUCCUUGAAACCUUGUGAAGAAAAAAAUCAACUCCUCUUGACAGCUUCUGCUGAUCGAACAGUUAUUGUAUGGGAUUGUGACACCGGCCGACAAAUUCAGAAAGUGUCUUGCUUCCAGUCUACUGUAAAGUGCUUAACUGUUCUUCAGAAACUAGAUGUUUGGCUUUCUGGUGGGAAUGACUUGUGUGUAUGGAACAGAAAAUUAGAUCUCCUAUGUAAGACCGGCCACCUUUCUGAUACAGGGAUCAGUGCUUUGGUUGAAAUACCUAGGAACUGUGUUGCAGCAGCAGUUGGCAAAGAACUGAUAAUUUUUAGGUUAGUAGCACCCAUAGAAGCAUCACUGGAAUGGGAUGUUAUUGAAGUUAAGCGUCUUCUUGAUCACCAGGAUAAUAUUCUGUCAUUGGUUAAUGUUAACGAUGUGAAUUUUGUCACUGGCUCCCAUGUUGGAGAGCUGAUCAUCUGGGAUGUCCUAGACUGGACUGUGCAGGCCUAUGAGCGCAACUUCUGGGACCCGUCCCCACAGCCGGACACUCAGCAAGAGAUCAGACUCUCUCAGAAACCACAUGACAUUUCUAUUCAUCAUUUCACAUGUGAUGAAGAGAAUGUAUUUGCUGCAGUUGGAAGGGGUUUAUAUGUGUAUAACCUUCAAAUGAAGCAUGUGAUUGCCUACCAGAAAACUGCACAUGACUCCAAUGUCCUGCACAUUGCCAAGCUUCCAAACAGGCAGUUAAUCUCAUGCUCAGAAGAUGGCAGUGUACGCAUUUGGGAGUUACGAGAAAAACAGCAGCUCCCAGCUGAACCUGUACCAACAGGCUUUUUUAAUAUGUGGGGAUUUGGAAGAGUGAACAAACAAGCCAGCCAGCCUGUUAAAAAGCAACAAGAGAGUGCCACUUCCUGUUUGCUGGAGCUCAUUGGAGAUCUGAUUGGACACUCAUCCUCAGUGGAGAUGUUUCUGUACUUUGAAGAUCAUGGACUAGUGACUUGCUCUGCUGAUCAUCUCAUUAUUUUGUGGAAAAAUGGGGAGCAAGAAUCUGGAUUGCGCAGUUUAAAAUUAUUUCAGAAGUUAGAGGAGAAUGGUGACUUAUACCUUGCUGUUUAGUUUAAUGAAGAAAGCACAGGUAUCUGAACUUCCAAUCGCAAAUAUAAACUAUGGAAUAAUGUGUUAUUUAAAUUUGUGAUUUUUUUUCCUGUCUUCCA